UCUUAUGCCCGGGGUACUGAUUUCACCUUGCCCCUCCUACAAUGUAUCUGCUAACACUAGAGAGUGCAGCUAGGGCAUUACCUCACUGGCAUUUAUAACCUGUGAAGGCAGAAGAGAAAAAUCAGAGUCUGCUUAGUCAGAGGAGCAAAACAGACAAUGGAUCCCAAAAGUCAAAGAGUGAAGCUUAAUGACGGCCACUUCAUUCCUGCCCUGGGAUUUGGCACCGGUGCACCUCCAGAGGUUCCUAAGAGUGAAGCUGUGGAGGUCACCAAAUUUGCUAUAGAGGCUGGGUUCCGGCAUAUUGACAGUGCUCAUACAUAUCAAAAUGAAGAGCAGGUUGGCCAGGCCAUUCGAAGCAAGAUUGCCGAUGGCACUGUGAAAAGAGAAGACAUAUUCUACACUUCAAAGGUUUGGUCCACUUUCCUUCGUCCAGAGUUGGUCCGACCAGCGUUGGAAAAGUCACUGAAAGAUCUUCAACUGGACUAUGUCGAUCUCUAUAUUAUUCAUCAACCAGUGGCUUUGAUGCCAGGGGAGACACUUUUCCCAACAGAUGAAAAUGGAAAACCGAUGUUUGACUCAGUAGAUCUCUGUCGCACGUGGGAGGCCCUGGAGAAGUGUAAGGACGCAGGGCUGACCAAGUCCAUCGGAGUGUCCAACUUCAACCACAAGCAGCUGGAGAAGAUUCUGAACAAGCCAGGGCUCAAGUACAAGCCCGUCUGCAACCAGGUGGAAUGUCACCCUUAUCUCAACCAGAGCAAGCUGCUGGAGUUCUGCAAGUCACACGAUAUUGUCCUGGUUGCCUAUGGUGCUCUGGGGGCCCAGCGGACAUUACAAUGGAUGAACCCGAACCUCCCCUUUCUCUUGGAGGACCCAGUUCUCUCUGCCAUUGCCAAAAAGCACAAGCAAACCCCAGCUCUGGUUGCCCUUCGCUACCAGAUACAACGUGGGGUUGUGGUUCUGGCCAAGAGUUACAACAAGAAGCGGAUCAAAGAGAACAUACAGGUGUUUGACUUUGAACUGACUCUGGAAGACAUGAAAGCAAUCGAUGGCCUCAACAGCAAUAUAAGAUACUAUGAUUUUCAACAGGCAGUUGAUCACCCUGAGUAUCCAUAUUCUGAAGAAUAUUGACUGUGAGCUGUCCAUCAUGCAUUACACCAGAACUUCUUUUCCAGGGUUGUGAAGAACAUUUCUGUACUUGGUGGAGAUGUUUAAAAGAACUUUUGAAGCCUGUUUAUCAUUAAAAAAUUUUUUAUGAAAUAAAGAAGACUUAAAAUAUGAAUUCUAGUUUUUUGUGAUAACAAAAUAAUUUGGAAAACAAAAGAGAAAGGAUAGAAAAUAAAGAUAACUUCCUGGUGCCUUUUCCUUUGUCAAAAAUGAAUUAGUUGAUGUAUCAAGAACCCUGUAUGUGAGACCACAAAAGAGACACAGAUGUAUAGAACAGUCUUUUG